AUGCCUGCUCCGUAUAGGCAAAACUCAAGGAAUCUGAGAGAGAGACCAAGAGAAGUCGUGGCCAAGAAUGCAAACUCUCCACCAAACAACAUCGAGUCAGAGAUUUUCACGUUCCGUGAGUUAGCCACCGCGACGAAUAGUUUCAGACAAGAGAACCUCAUCGGAGAAGGCGGUUUUGGGCGUGUUUACAAAGGAAAGCUCGAAAAGACAGGACAGGUCGUGGCAGUGAAACAGCUUGAUAGGAAUGGACUACAAGGCCAAAGAGAGUUCUUGGUCGAGGUUUUGAUGCUAAGUCUUCUUCAUCAUUCGAAUCUUGUGAAUCUCAUCGGCUAUUGCGCCGAUGGAGACCAAAGGCUUCUUGUUUACGAGUACAUGCCUCUUGGUUCCCUGGAAGAUCAUCUCCUCGAACUUGAACCGGAACAGAAACCACUAGAUUGGAACUCACGUAUCAAGGUCGCUUUAGGAGCGGCAAAAGGACUUGAGUAUCUCCACGACAAGGCCAGUCCUCCAGUGAUUUACCGAGAUCUUAAAUCGUCAAACAUUUUGCUUGACCGAGAUUACGAGGCCAAACUAUCCGAUUUCGGUUUAGCAAAGCUUGGUCCUAUUGGAGACACACUUCACGUGUCUUCCCGAGUUAUGGGAACUUACGGUUACUGUGCACCCGAGUAUCAAAGAACCGGUCAUCUCACGGUUAAAUCAGAUGUGUACAGCUUCGGAGUUGUGCUGUUGGAGCUUGUAACCGGAAGAAGAGUCAUCGACACAAUGAAACCUAGCCAUGAACAGAAUCUUCUUACUUGGGCACAACCGAUUUUCAGAGACCCUACUAGAUUCGCGACGCUAGCCGAUCCACUUCUCCGAGGUAAAUUCCCGGAGAAGAGUUUGAACCAAGUUGUAGCUGUAGCGGCGAUGUGUCUGCAUGAAGAGCCUACGGUUCGACCACUAAUGAGCGACGUUGUUACAGCACUGAGCUUCCUUGGUGCAUAUCCUGAUUCCUCCAAUAGUACCGUUCCUAGCCAUUUGCAACAAGAUCGGUCACGGAAGUAUUAUGAUGCAUAG